CGGCUCGGGAGCAGGUCGCCGCCGGCUGGCACGCAGCGCCCCGAGUCGCCGAGCGGCGCCCUCCGAGCACCGCGGACAGAGUCCAAGUGGGCGGGGAGCCGCCGCGCCGCCUGCCCAUGUCCCCGCAAGGCCGAGUCGCCGGCCGCCUGGCGCCCCUGCUCCGCGCCCCGCGCCCCCGGCCCGGCCCCCCGGCGCCCGCCCGGCCCCCCCGCGCCCCUCUGUGCGGCCCCCGCGCGCGGCCCCCGGCGGCGGCGGGGGCUUGGGGGGCGGCGGCGAAGGGGCGCGCGGACGGGGUGCGCACCUGGGCCCCCCUGGCCAUGGCGGCGAAGGUGGACCUGAGCACUUGCACCGACUGGAAGGAGGCCAAAUCCUUCCUGAAGGGCCUGAGUGACAAGCAGCGGGAGGACCACUACUUCUGCCGGGACUUCGUCAGGCUCAAGAAGAUCCCCACGUGGAAGGAGGCCGCUAAAGGGGUGACCAAGGUGGAGGAGCCCAAGUACAAGAAGGACAAGCAGCUCAAUGAGAAGCUAUCCCUGUUCCGGGGAGACAUCACCAGGCUGGAGGUGGACGCCAUCGUCAACGCGGCCAACAGCUCCCUGCUUGGAGGGGGUGGUGUGGACGGCUGCAUCCACCGGGCCGCCGGGCCCCUGCUCACCGACGAGUGCCGGACCCUGCAGAGCUGCGACACCGGCCGGGCCAAGAUCACCGGCGGCUACCGGCUGCCGGCCAAGUAUGUCAUCCACACGGUGGGCCCCAUCGUGCACGGCCAGCCGAGCGCCAGCCAGGCCGCCGAGCUCCGCAGCUGCUACCUGAGCAGCCUGGACCUGCUGCUGGAGCACCGGCUCCGCUCGGCGGCCUUUCCCUGCAUCUCCACCGGCGUGUACGGCUACCCGGGCGAGGCGGCGGCCGAGGUGGUGCUGGCCACGCUGCGCGAGUGGCUGGAGCAGCACAAGGACAAGGUGGACCGGCUCAUCCUCUGCGUGUUUCUGGAGAAGGACGAGCGCAUCUACCUGCAGCGGCUCCCGCACUACUUCCCCGUGGCCUGAGGGCCCGCCGCCACCCCGCCCUGGACCGACACCCCUGGGCCCGCUGGACCUCGCUCACAGCUCUGAGGUGGCUGAAGCCCGGCCCCCCACCUUUCCUCGGCCCCCCACCUUUCCUCGGCCCC